UCAGAUGAUCCGCCUGCCUCGGCCUCCCAAAGUGCUAGGGUUACAGGUGUGAGCUACCGCACCCAGCCUAAAACACAUGUAUCUGAAGAGAUGACCCACAUAUUAAUUUGCAAUAGAAAAAGAAAUCAGGAGUGUGAAUCCCAGAUGCAGGGAGAUUGGAGGCAGAAAGCAUGAAGGAGACUUCUGAACAAACAGUGACUGUAUUACUGAGGAAAACCAAAGGAGACCUGUGUAGGUAGGUCCCAAUUAGACACCAGCUACUGGAAGAGCUUCCUCAGAGACUGAUUAAAAUAUUCUCCACUAGAUAUGGCUGCAAAUUGCACACCCUCAUGGGGUCAGCGAGAGCCCUGCAACAGCCCUGGGUCAGAGCUGCCACGGUCUGUGGCGUCUGAAGAAACUCAACUUGGAAAUCAUGACCGAGACCCUGAGACGUGUCACGUGAACUUCAGGAUGUUCAGCUGCCCGGAAGAGUUGGACCCCCUCCAGGCUUUGAGGAGACUCACUGAGCUGUGCCAUCUGUGGCUGAGGCCUGACCUCCACACCAAAGAACAGAUCCUGGACAUGCUGGUGAUGGAGCAGUUCAUGAUCUCCAUGCCCCAGGAGCUCCAGGUCUUAGUCAUGAUGAACGGUGUGCAGAGCUGCAAAGACCUGGAAGACCUGCUGCGAAAUAACAGAAAACCCAAGAAAUGGUCUGUGGUUAACUUGCUUGGCAAGGAAUAUCUUACGCAGGACUCAGAUGUUGAGAUACCCGAAGCACCCGCCAGUGUCAGGGAUGAUCUGAGAGACAUGUCCAGCCAGCACGCCUCCUCUGUGAAUGAGAUGCCUCCAGGUGAAGGCCAGGCCAGCCAAGAGCUACAGACCUUUCCCAGGAUCCCAGCACUGUCCAGGGGACAGGAAGAGGACAUCCUGCUGCCAGAGACUGUUGUCAUAAAAGGUGACCCAAAGGCCCUGAGACCCAAACCGAACUUGGAGAAGGAUCGCAACGUAGACAGGGAAGAGAAUACAGGACUUACAUCUUCAGAGUCUCAGCUUCCAAAGGGUCCCACAGGUGUGGUGAGAGCAAAGGAGGGGAAGGAACCAAAAAAAGCCUCUGGGGAAAAUGUGGAUGCUGACAUACCUGCUGCCUGCAUUGUGGAGAGAGAAGCUUCAACUCACAGCGAGAGCAGAGGAGACUCUCUGAAUCUGAGAGGUCCCAAAAGAAGCAAACCAGAUGCUUCCUCUAUUUCCCAAGAAGGGCCUCAAGGAGGAGCCUCACUUGUGGGCAACACAGACAGCCUGGGGCAAGCUAGGGUAAAUCCAGUUCGUUCCCCAGGCCCUGCAGGUGCAGUCAGUCAGCCUGUUGGCCAAGAAGCCAUGGCACUGCCACCCCUUGCAUGUGAUGUGUGCAAUAAAAGGUUUAAGUAUUACGGCAAGCUAGUCAUCCAUAAGAGAUCACACACAGGAGAGAGACGCUUUCAAUGUAAUCUCUGUGGGAAGCAUUUCAUGCAGCUCUCAGACCUCCGAGUUCACCAGCGAAUCCACACUGGUGAGAAGCCCUACAUGUGUGACGUCUGCUACAAGCGGUUCACCAGGAUGUUCUCCUUGAAAUGUCACAAGAGGAGCCACACAGGGGAGAAGCCCUAUGAAUGUAAAGACUGCAAUAAAGUUUUCACCUACAGGAAGAACCUGAACCAGCACAAGCGCAUCCACUCUGGAGAGAAACCCUAUAAAUGUUCCAAGUGUCCAAGAGCCUUCGGUCGACCUGAAACGUUAAAACGCCACCAGAAAACACAUCCAGAAACCACUUCCCAGGGGUUCCAUAAUCAGGUCUAUGUAUUCUGCACCAAGAGAAUGUGAAUGAUGAUUUUUCGCUGAUGUUAUUAGAUGACAUAUGGCACAUAUGGCUCGUGUGCGCCUGGCACACAGAGGGAGUGCCCUAGAUAGAAACUGCCAUGAGUCUGAGUCAAUAUUGAUUCUCCCCACUGACUUUUGUUUUCUGUUUCAUGAUGUCUAUUGUUUUUGUAUAGGUUUGUUUCAGUUUGUGUUGCUGUUCUUUCAAUAAACAAACAUCUUACUAGUUUUCAAUAUUUUAUAACAAAAAACUGAGGCUUCUGAUUGACAUGCUGUUACCCACUAUUUUGCUCUAAAGUAAAAUUGUCAAAGUAGGGGGUCCAGAUUAAAUAUGCAAUGCCUGGGGAAAUUUUUGUUUCAAAUUAACAUUUUUUUUAGUU